GGUGAAAGUUUAUCUGACCUGUCAAAAAAGGUGUCAAAAUAAAAACAAUUAUUUAAAUAUUACAAAAAGCUUUAAAAGAUGUGGAAGUCAUCGAAAAUGGACCCUGUUAACGAAAAAAACAAUAUAUUUCACGACCUCCUCGAGGCCUGCAAAUAUUCGAUCCCAGGUUCGCGUCUUUCAUAUUCUUUGCGAAACCGUCUGGAAAAGUAUCCCCCGAACGUCCGCCGCGAAAUCGUAAAUCGAGUGAAAGUCGGUUGUUCUCCCUUAUUUCUAGCAUGCAAGAAAGGCCAAACCGAAAUUGUUGAAUAUCUCAUAACAGUGUGCCAAGCUGAUAUCGAACAACGGGGCUUAUACGAAGUUGCUGACGACAGGUCGACUCACGUCGUAACUCCUCUUUGGUGCGCUGCAGUCUCCGGAAAAUUAUCAGUAGUUGAAAUUUUACUCCGACACAAUGCUGAUAUCAACGCUGUCUCAGACACGGGCUCGACCCCAGUCCGUUCCGCUUGUUUCAUGACACAUUUUGACAUCGUCAAAUAUUUAGUCGAGCACGGGGCCGAUAUCAACCGCCCCAAUUACAACGGGGGCACUUGUCUCAUAAAUUCAGUUCAGAGUGCCCCCUUGUGCGACUUUCUCCUCAAACACGGUGCUGACGUCAACGCACGCGACAUUCAGAACAAAACUGCACUACACUACGCAAUCCAGGAACACAGGCUUGAAACAACCAAAUUACUGCUCAAAAACGGGGCUAAUUAUAAUGCCAAGUCACGUUACGGCGACGAUGCGUUACAAAUGGCUUGUCUCAAGGGGGCUGCCCGCAUCUUCGAUUAUCUUACUGUAAAUAUCUGUUACUCUAGUGAAAAGCUCGCAAACGCGCAUGAAUUAAUGGGGGCGACGUUCCUCGAGGAGCACAACGAUGCCGUCGUUGCGUUGUUUCACUGGCGGGAGGGCUUGGCGUGUCGGUUGAACCACAGUUUGUUGCCCAAACAGCCAGUUCAGGAACCCAAAGAGGGGUACCGGUACCAAUGCGAGUUUGAGACUUUAGAGGAUUUAGAUAAUAUCGCGACAGAUUUGGAUUUGAUUCGGACCCAAAGUUUGAUCAUUGCUGAAAGAAUUUUGGGGCCGCAUCAUAAAGAUACGAUUUUUCGCUUGAUGUACAGGGGGGCUGCGUAUGCCGAUAUGUUGAGGUACCAACGUUGUAUCGAUUUGUGGAGGCGGGCUUUGGAAAUAAGGGUUGAGAAAGACUCGAUUUUGUAUACUGAUACCUGUUUUACCGCCCAGGCUUUAGUCAGACAGAUGGUCGAUUAUAAUGAAAAAACGGUGCCGAAAAACGAAGACGAUGCUAGGCAGAGGUUCCACGACGUUGUAUCCACUUUCAAAUUGAUUACGAAAGACAUUUUAGAAAUAAGACAACUUUUAACUAUUAGACCAGUAUAUAAACGUCAAGUCGACUUUUUCGAUAAGAUUCUUAAAUGCGUGACUCAUUUAAUUUAUUUAAUGAUCGAAACGGCAAAAACUAGCGAACAAAUUGAGACUGUUGUGCAAUUAAUAGGUAAUUUAGUCAAAAUGGACCCCAGAAGUGUUCUAACAGAAGACUCGUUGCUUCAUUUAUGCGUCUCAAAAUGUAACACAAUUCGUUCAAGUUACUUUGUAGAUGAUGAUACAAUCGUGAUAUUCCCAAAGCCUAGCGUUAUUAAAUUCUUAUUGGAGUGUGGCGCUCACGUGAAUGCUAAGAACGAGUUAGGCUCCACCCCUUUACACAUCGCUACAGAACCGGACAAUUACUCUGAUUGGCUAAUCAAGUUACUGUUACAAUACGGAGCUCACAUUGAUCAACCGAAUAUACGCGGAAUUUGUCCUUCAGAUUACAUUUCUGACGUAAGCAAACGUUCAGAUGUUGUUGAGAUUCACAUUUUAAAUUAUAUCAAUUUGAAAUGUUUAUGCGCUACCGUCAUUAGUAAAUUUCAAAUACCGUAUAAAAAUCAGAUACCCAAAACUCUUGAAUGUUUCGUCAAAUUACAUGAACCGUAGAUCAUUUUGGUUGACGAACCUGCAAAGACUCGAAAAAGUGAUAUUUUAUUUUAGGUAUUUUUAUAUAUAAAGUAGUAACCUAUUUAUUGAGAGAAUCGUAUUUAUUUUUAAUGUCUUGUGUGGGCGGAGCUUGUCCGAAGGGGCGGAGUUUUGCGAAAACAACUAGAACUGACAUGGCACUAACUCAUCCGACUUCAGACAAGCCUCUAAUGUUUUUGUUCCUAAGUAGGUGUUGCUAAUUUUAUUAAAACAGCAAGUGUGUAAUUAACUAUUUUGUUGUAAAAAUUACACCAUAUUACCAUUUUA